AGUUGGAUGAAUAUUUACAUGCACUGCGCAAUAAAUCGAGGAAAAGCGUUUAUUAACAACCAUAAACAUAUACAUUUUUGGCACUUGCUGCUGCAGUCAAAACAAAACAACAACAAAAGCACGUGCAACGUGCAUCGUUAGCUGCAAGCAAAUCGGCAGCAAAUUUCCUUUCAGCGAAGACAGAUAUAAUAUUAAAAGCGCAUCAGGAUGGGUAUGGUACAGAAGCGCAAGAAGAUGCACUAUGGCGACACGCAUCUGCAACGUCGCUGGCGUGUACGGAAUCGUCGCCGGGAUCUGGACCAGAUCGAUGACGAUAUGCGAACGCAGAGCGCCGAGCUAAUUAAUCAGAAUGUGGAUCUAGAUAAGCCGGGAUUUGCGCAAUUCUAUUGUGUGCACUGUGCCAAGUACUUCAUUGAUGACACUGCGCUGCAAUCACAUUUCCACACCAAGGUGCACAAGCGCCGACUCAAGGCGCUCGAGUUGGAGCCGUACAGCAUCGAGGAGUCGGAACGGGCCGUUGGUCGCGGCAGCUACCAGAAGGCCAAGAAGCGAGUCAUCGAGACGCAGCCGAGCAAGGAUGAGGUCAAGGCGGGCAAACGGAUCAAAGUGGAGGAUAAGGACACAGAAGAGCCCACGACAUCAGCAAAAGUGACACGAAAGAGACCCAACAAAAUGGAGACCUAAAUCUUACAUUUUAUAGAUUAAUACAUUUUUUUCUUCUAUUAUCAUACAGUAUCUCACAGCUUAUUUCGGCAGUGUCUGGCAAAAAUUUUAAAGUGCUAUAAAGUUUAAACAAAGAAACAAACGCAAAAUGUUUAAAUGUCAAUUUGUUUUAUGUUAUAUCACGUUUGAA